AUGGAUAGCAUGAGUGAGGCAUUUGAUCAAAUGCAAAUGGUCAAGGAUGUUCUAGCCAACAGUGAUAAAGUUUCAGAGGUCCUACAAGAGUCUACUCAUCAGUUCAACCUGCUUACUUCACCCACCUUCCUACCAAAGGUCAAGGAUCAAGGGAAAUUCACUCUCCCUUGCACACUUGGGCAUCUUGAGAUUGACAAUGCCUUAGUGGAUUCUGGAGCAAGCAUCAAUCUGAUCUCUCUCUCCAUGGCAGAGAAGCUAGGCAUUGCUGGAGCCUUGCAGCGCCCUACUACUUCAAUCAUGUUUGGAGAUGCAACUUCUAAGUCUCCUCUUGGAGUGUUCAAGAACUAUCACUUGAAAAUUGGAGAAUGCAUCAUCCAAACUGAUCUCACUGUGAUGGAAAUGGAAGAAGAGAAGGAUCUACCUCUGUUAUUGGGAACCCCAUUCCUUAGUACAGUUGGCGCUUCAAUAGACUUUCACAAGCAAGAAGUGAUCCUUCACAAGGUGAAUAGUUUGGUGUCAUAUCGCUUGCAGCCUAGAGGUUCAGACUUUUGUGCCACAAUUGACAGUACCACUCUCAGUUCUAAGAGUCAUGGAGCUACAAAGGUUGUGAAGGAAAGGUUGACAAAGAACCAAGAGUUGGGAAGGAUAAGGAUGAGAGAGGACCAAGGAUUGAGAAGCCACGUCUUGAGAGGGCUAGAGUUGAGAAACCACGUCUGA